UGGUUUUCAAAUAAGAGGUCACAUAUUGGGGGUUACCCAGGCUCCCAGCCCACUGGGUGCUUGCUUAGAGCAUGACCCCUCAAAUGUUACCUGGAAGAACUGGGAGGAGGGAACAGUGGCACAAGAUGGAUGGAGACAGAUGAUUCACAGGAUUUUUUUUGUAGCUAUCAGAACUACACUCUUACAAAUACAGCAGCUUUUCAUCAGAGGGUAUUAAUUGAUAUAGUCACAAGCAGUACUCUCCAUUUGCCCUGGAAAUGGAGAGUGAAGCCAUUUGUAUCUGUUGAUGUAUAAAUGCUGUAGCUGAGGGGGUGUUCUCAAAAUCCCACAUUCCAGAAUCAGCUGGCCCCAGUUUUUUGCUGCUUGAAUGUAUAUGGAGUACUGUGAUUUAUCCAGGCUUCAAACUAGUCUAGCUGUUUAAGGUAAAAACCAGAGUUGUACAACUAUUUAGAAGCUAUAGUGAAAUAGCACUAAAGUUGUAUCAAAAGGUGUUUAAAAAACCCCACAAAAUAUUGUGAAGAUGCCUGCCAUGUGGAUAAUUUAGCAUUUACAUUGUUGUGGGGUGUUCAGACAUGGCUCUGAAACAGUUGCCUGUUUUACUUAAGUCAAGAAUGGUGCAGCCAAUUGCAAGCAUAGAGAGAAUUUCAGCAAGGGGAGAGUGUGUUAAUUAUCCACACAAGAUGAUCACAUUCAGUGCUGCAUUUCAUGUGUUUUCAUAUCCACUGAAGCAAAGCAAAGGAAGUGUUGUGCUGGGGCAAUGUGCAUGCAUGGCUUAGAGCUGAAUAGAUGUAAAUGGUUAAAAAGGGGUUCUCUGCUAGAGAGGAGGAGGGGAAAGUAAAUGUGCAUUCCCAAAAAAGUACAUUCCCAAAAUAAAAAGCUUACAUCAUGGACCUCUUCAGUUUUCCCACACUUCUUCCCUAAUUAUUGUCCUGCAGGACAGCUGAUCUAUUUCAAACAGGAAGCUGUUUACAGAUAACACUUGCAACUGUUUUGUCUGAUUUGUUGAACUGUCGAAAAGAAAAAGACAACCUCUUUUCAAAUUAAAAACUGUCAGACUUCUGUAAACAGCAGCAAUGAGGUUCAUCUGUGCAGUGUCCCUGCAGGCACAGAGCGUUGUGCAGUUCCCAUUCUCUCAGCAGCCAUAAGGAGUCAGUGACCUGUAAGUGCUCAUUAUGAAGAGAGAUCUGGUUUUCUUGGUGACUCUAAUUAGCCUUGCCUUCCUGUCACUGCUAAGAUCUGGAUAUCCUCAACACAUUGCAGAGGAGUCCUGCUCUGUUCAGAUUCUUGUUCCAGGCCUCAAAGGGGAGGCUGGAGAAAAGGGGGAGAAAGGUGCUCCAGGUCGUCCAGGCAGAGUUGGACCUCCAGGAGAAAAAGGAGAAAUGGGGGACAAAGGCCAGAAAGGCAGCAUAGGACGUCAUGGAAAAAUUGGUCCUAUUGGUUCAAAAGGUGAAAAAGGAGAUAAUGGUGACAUAGGACCACCAGGUCCUAAUGGUGACCCAGGCAUCCCUUGUGAGUGCAGUCAGCUGAGGAAGGCUAUCGGUGAAAUGGAUAUUCAAGUAGCCCAGCUGACGACAGAACUAAAAUUCAUAAAAAAUGCACUGCCCUCCCCCGCAGCUGUCGCCGGCGUGCGCGAGACAGACAAUAAGAUCUAUCUGCUGGUGAAGGAGGAGAAGAGGUACAAGGAAGCCCAGCUGUACUGCCACGGACGAGGAGGGACGCUGAGCAUGCCCAAGGAUGAGACUGCCAACACCCUGAUUGCCUCGUACAUCAACCAAGCGGGGCUCACCAGAGUCUUCAUUGGGAUUAACGACCUGGAGAAGGAGGGGAACUUCGUCUACUCUGACCGCUCGCCCAUGCAGACCUUCAACAAAUGGCGCAGCGGGGAGCCCAACAACGCCUACGACGAGGAGGACUGUGUGGAGAUGGUGGCCUCUGGGGGCUGGAAUGAUGUUGCCUGUCACAUUACCAUGUAUUUUGUGUGCGAAUUUGACAAAGAAAAUGUCUAAGCUGCUCUGCUCUUUCUCUGUUUUAAGAAAAAUGUUUAAGAUGAUGGUACAAGUGGCUCCAUGGUUAUAGAGUACAAGUGAAAUUUUGCAAGUAUGCGGUGUCCGAGUUGUACAGCUGUAAAUACAGUUUAGGUAUUUCAAAUAUCAGAAUUUACCCUUCAGAAGGGAGGAGCAGUAAUAAGGCAUAGCUUGAUUGGCUUUUUUAUAUGUAGGAAGAUAUAUGUGUUUAGAUAAAAAUGUGCUUUGGGGCUAAAUUUUGUCCUAACAACUGUUAACAACUGUGAUUGCAUGACUGUAAGGGGAGGCAGAAUUUGGCCUCUAGUUGUUAGAAUGGUAAGAAUUAGAUUCCUGAUAUUCUUUUAUCUUAGUAAAAUUUGUAGUUAUAAAAGCUAAUAACUUGUAGUACUACAAAUAGGGAUGUUUUGGCAACAAGACAUAUUUUUUAUACUACAGUUAAUAAGUACAAAUAUUACUGUCAGUUUUUUGAAUGUUACAACAUUUGUUUUUUCUUUUUUUUUUAAACUGGCCAAAGCAAACCAAAAGUCAAGAUUCCUACCAAUUUUGUAAUGUUUCUUCAUUAAACUGUUCACAGAUGUAUGACCAAAAAAGCAUUUAAGUAAACAGAACUUUAGUGCUAUGGGAGGAAAAAGUCUAGUGAAAAGUGUCCCUGCCCAUGUCAGGGGGUUGAAACUAAGUAACCUUUCUCUUCCAACCCAAACUAUUCUAUGAUUCCAUGAUUCUAUGUUAUGAAAAUUCUUAUAAUUUAGUACUAAGAGGGUUUCCAUCCAGAUGGUGUUUUGGGGUUGGCUAAAUGUAAAAGUAACAAUUUGAUUUUCUUCAUUCCUCAGCUGAAAAUGAUUCAGUGCAUGAAGUAUUUCAGGCCCUAAAUAAUUUCCGCAAGUAAAUGUUUCACAUUUCUUUAAGAUAAUCUUGGUGCAUCUUGUUACAAAACAAGCAAAAAUACCAGCCCUCCACAAUUUAAGGCAGACUUCAUAUAUAUGCAAUUAAACUCGUGACAACACAUUAGCAAUCAGUUCCUUUUAGUAAGAAAACAGCUUAUAUGUUUACACAGAUUGUUAAAAUAAUUCCCUGAAAAGCAGAAAAGUUUCCAAAAUUUUCCUGUGUAUAUAGCAGUAAUGAAUAACUUUGCACACAUAAUUUAUGUAUCAAAUUUACAAUUGCCUGUGAUGGAAAAAGGGAUGUAUAUUAAAAAAAAAAAAUAACCAGCAUAAUUUCACAAAAUAAAUGAUGAAUUACUUUAAAUCUUCCCAGGAGCCAGUUGCAUGCCACCUCAUCUCACUGUUAGGCAUAGGAAAAACAAAAAAAAUUGUAAAAUCUCUAACAGUACUUCUUUAGGGAUACCUUGCACAGUGCUUUAAGAUGAUUUUUAAGGAUAAAUGAUCCUGCAUAACAUUCUGGUCAAAAUGCAUAUCUGGUCAUUAUGGCAAAUUGGUGUAUAGGAUAUCCACAGUGGAUAUGGCAUGUGGUUCUAGAGAUUUCCUUACAGCAAGGAAAUCAACUCAUAAACUCUGUUGCAGCAUGUAAACAAUCAAUGGCCAUACAAUGCUGUUUAUAUCCACAGACAUUAUUUGAUUUAUAUACCUAAGAGAACAAACUGUUUUGUUUGAUAUAUUUACUCUGUAAAUCUCAUUCCUUUAGAUAUAUAUAUAUAUAUAUAUAUAUAUAUAUAUAUGUUUGCUAUUAAUUUUGAAGAUCACUAGCAGUACUAUACUAUCCUAUAGUAUUUGAUUAUCAGCCCAGCUCCAGAGAAAUCACUCAAAAUGAAUGGGUCCUUUGAUUGCUUCAUUUUCUUUUAAUAAAGAUAGGUAUGGUA